UCUAUAUGUCACUGCGAGACUUCCUUCUUCCUCUUCUUCUUCGCUCUGAAUCUCUGCUGCAAAGCAGAGGAAUAAACUUCCAGUCCGUGUUCCACAUAAGAUAUGGUGUUCGAGGGCUUCGAGCCGAUAUUUGGGGAACCCAAGGUCGAGUGGGCGAACAGGGGACCUCUUCCCCUGCGGAGAUUCGUUUACUACGUCCACUCUCCUGACCCUUCUCACCUCCGAAUUCACGUCUCUGAUUUCCACACCAACACCUGGGAAGCCGUUCGGUCGGUUCACCAGCUCGAAGACAUGAGGGAUGACAUUGGAGUUGGAGACUCUUGGUCUGAGUUCAUUGACUAUUUCCAGUCAUCAAUAAAGUCUGACAAUGUCAAACUUGUGCUCGAAGGACAAUCGGGGUCAGGUGCUGCACAGGCAAAGCUAGUAGCUCAGAAAUCCAAAGGAAUGCCAUUGAUAUUCAUUCCUUUGAUGAAACUCAUGGAUUCUGAUGCUGCCGAGGCCAUCGGGAACUUAUCUCUGGAGCUCCUAGCAGCAUUUAAGACCACGCAACUUUUACUUACGCAAGAGCAAAAUCGUGGUCUUCGGUUGGCAGGAGAUCCACCCAAUGAGAAGGACAAGAACGCGAGUAUUCAGAAUAAACUGCAGUCAUGCGCGAAGAAGCAGAAGUUGCCUGAUAUGAAUGCUGGAUCUACACCAGAUGUUUCUGAACCUUCGAUUAGUAAUGGCUCCUUCAAUUCUCCUAGAAAACAUAAAGAUGCUGCGACGAAAGCUACAAACCGUGUCGUCCCAACACAUCGGAGGGCAAGAGUAAGGGGCGCGAUUCUGCAGGAAUCCGAAGAUGACAGAGAGGGUUGAGCAAAAGGUACCUUCAAAUUUGAUAAUCUCUGUUCAGCAGUUUAAGCUUAGGUGUGUGAUAGGGCCUUGACAGUAUGCCAGGAAUUAUACCGGGUUCGACUGAUUUUCUUUGUUUCGACUGAUUUUCUUUAAUCUUGUAGAUCAAAGAAAAUCAGGAGUUGUAGUUUCUUUGGAUCAGGCUCUCCGCUGUCGGGCUUAAUUUGCAUAGAGUGCCCUUAGUGGUUAUAAUUUAUAAAAGAAGGAAGAAAAACGAGAGUGGCAUCCGCAUAAGAGAGAAAAAUAGAGAUGGAGGAGAAGUGGUUCAGAGAAAAUAGGGUAGGUUUUUUUUUUUUCACAUUUAUUAUUAUAAUCCAAAUCCAAUGAUUAUCCAUUGUUAUUGCUUUUAAAUAUCUCAUUUAGGAUAUCUUGGAAAACUGGAAGUUACACCAGCAAAGAAUUCUUCCUUUAUAUAAUAUAUAAUAGUAUAAAAAUAAAGUUUUACUAUCAAAUACGAAAAUAAAGUUGCGGGUAAGUGCUGGCAAGAGAAGAAAAGCAAAGAGAGAAAACACUUGCAUGGCAGUGCGCCAUAGUAGAUAUCGUUUGAGCGGGCUCUUGUGCUGUGAAUCGUCAUUAGUUCCCGCUCAGUUGAUUAGCGGAAUUCAGGUACGUGAUCAAUUUUGCACGACCUUCCUUGGGGCGCGAGGUACAAAGUUUUACCGAGGGAAUUUGGAUCCUCCGGUUUUGAUUUUCGUAUUUGAUAUUAUAGUGUUAUUAGUACUAGUCGGAUUCUGAAUUUCCUAUGGAUAUAAAUCAGUCAGUCUAAAGAUAUAUAUACAUAAUAUGCACUAGUAUGAUACUUGGCACCA